CCCCCUCUCGCACCACUUGGAUCUCGAUUCCCCUCCUCCUUUUCCCUCUCCCUCUCCUUCUUUCUCUCUCCUCUCUCUCUCUCUCCUCUCCCUCUCAACGCUCCAUUUAUACCCUCCGAGCGAACCCGAUACACUCGCUUCGCCCAUCUCUUCAUUCCUAGUUCCUCUCAGGUUAAAGAAUUUCUAAAGACUUUUGAGCAAUGGGACAUGUUGAAGCUGCUCCUGUUGUGACGAAUGAGGAAAAGGAUGUUAGUGAAAGCCUCUUGGGCGACAAGAAAGUGACUGUUGUAUUUGUUUUAGGUGGCCCUGGUAGUGGAAAGGGUACGCAGUGUGCCAAUAUUGUUCAGAACUUUGGAUUUACUCAUCUCAGCGCUGGCGAUCUUCUGCGUGCAGAAAUUAAGUCUGGUUCUGAGAACGGAACCAUGAUCCAGAACAUGAUAAAGGAGGGAAAAAUUGUUCCUUCUGAGGUAACAAUAAAGCUGUUACAACGGGCUAUGCUAGAAAGUGGAAAUGACAAAUUUCUCAUUGAUGGAUUUCCUAGAAAUGAGGAGAAUCGUGCUGCUUUUGAGAAUGUUACAAAAAUAACGCCCGAGUUCGUUUUAUUCUUUGACUGUUCUGAGGAAGAGAUGGAGAAACGGCUUUUGAAUCGUAAUCAGGGAAGAGAUGAUGAUAACAUUGAGACCAUCAGGAAGAGGUUCAAAGUUUUUGUGGAAUCUAGUUUACCUGUAGUGGAGUAUUACGAAUCAAAGGGCAAGGUUAAGAAGAUUGAUGCCGCAAAGCCUAUCCCUGAGGUUUUUGAGGAUGUGAAAGCCAUUUUCUCCUCAUAUGGUGCAAAGCAGGCUAUGUAGAGUCACAAGAACGAUAGACAAUACCACAAAAUAAAGUUUAUCAAAUUGCAAUGCGCCGAUGCGUGUAAAACUCACCAUGAUUUCUGAAAAUAUCUGCAGGUGUUUCUUCAGAAUGUGAACCGCGUGUGUCUAGAAUGGAGUUUGAUAUACCAAAAUAGAAGAGGGAGUCUUUAGUUCGUUGUAGCUGUUUUUUAUAGUUCAUACCAUCAGAUAAUUUAUUUUCCGGGGGUUAUGGUAAUAAUUUACUUGUAUACAUCUUAUGCUAGUUCUUUAGAGAUCUGGUGCAGCGUUGCUCAGCUCCGUCAGAUCCAUAUUUUUAAUAUGUGUUCUUAUCAUCUUAUUGAGUUGUACUCCGAUCCGUUUCAUCAAUAAAUGAUCGCCAGCCUCGUGUGGUUAUUAUGAAUCA